CAUAAAUAUGUGUCGAUGCCACCUAUGCCAACCCUGCAACAGCAGCUAAUCGAAGGUAAGAUCAAACCAUCUCUCCGGCCAAGACAAUAUCAACGCCGCCAUAUAUCUCUGACCUGAUUCGGGUGGUCUUGAUUCAGCCUUUAACAGCAAGAAUCGUGGCAGCAAAGUGCACUAUAGCGAUCACAAAUAAUCAGGUGGAAAAGAAUCACCAAUUUCCAUAGCUAUGCCAACCGCCACCGGCAGCCGCACACCGGUGCGGUCUGCCUCCGCCGUCAUAGCCGGCACGGAGAGCGGCCAGCACCAUCUCAAGAUCGACGGCUACUCCCGCAUCAAGGACGAGCUGCCCACCGGCAGUGACAUCAAGUCUCGAUCUUUCCGCGCCGGAGGCCAUAGCUGGCACCUGCGCUACUACCCCAACGGCUUCAACUCGGACUGCGCCGAGUGCAUCUCCAUCUUCCUCCAGCUCGACUACAAUGUCAUGAAAGGCGUGAAAGCGCAGUACAAGUUCAGCUUGCUCGACCGUGCCAGGAAGCCGUCGUACUCCAGGAGUAGUGGCAAGGCGGACGUCUUCCUCAACACCGGUUGGGGUUACCGGACUUACAUCGAAAGGGGGCUUCUGGAAUCGUCGGAGUAUCUCAGAGACGACUGCCUCACGAUCGUGUGUGACUUCACCGUCUUCAAGGACUUGCGGACCGAGGACAUCGACGUUGAUGACGCGAUGCCACCGCCGCAGUCGCCUCCUACAGUGGUGGUCCCGCCAUCUGACCUGCACCGGCACCUCGGAGGUCUCCUCGCCACCGGAGAGGGCGCCGACGUGACGUUCGAGGUCGAGGGCAAGACGUUCGCGGCACACAGGUGGGUGCUCGCGGCCCGGUCUCCAGUGUUCCGUGUGGCGCUCUUCGGCGCCACGACCGGUGGCGCCGAUGAUGUAGUGCGCGUCAAUAUCGAUGCUAUGAAGGUGCAGGACUUUGAGGCUCUGCUCCACUACAUGUACACCGACUCGCUGCCGGAGAUGAAAGGAGGAGAGGCGGCGGCGAUGCUCCCAGACCUUGUCGCGGCGGCGAACAGGUACAAGAUGGAGAGGCUAAGGCUGGUGUGCGAACACAAGCUAUGCGAGUACGUGAACGGGAGAACGGUUGUUGCCAUGCUUGCAUUUGCGGGGGAGCACCAGUGCAAUGGCCUUAAGGAGAAGUGCCUGCGUUUUCUUGAUGACCCGGUGAAACUGAGAUUGAUUGUGCAGGCAGAGGGAGUCGAGAAUUUGAGCAAAAGUUACCCUUCUAUUUUGAAAGAUGUAAUUGCCAAGUUUGUUGCAACACCCGUAGAUAGCUGAUCUCAAGUGGCCUAAAAGCAUAACUAGUUCUAUAUACCUUGUUAGUCUGUGGCAAGAUACUAUGUAAAUGGUAAUAAUAGGAGUUGAAAGAAAUUAUUACAUGGGGGUGAUAAGAUAUAUAGUAAGCUUUGGUACAAAA